GUAAGGGAUCGUCCAAUCGCAGAGGAGGAAUGGCCCACACUCAUUUGCACAGCCACGUUAUAAAUACGGGACUGGAGUUGGGGCGGUAACUUGAGCCGUUUCCCUGGCGUUUACACCGAAGAGAAAAUGCCUGAUCCUGCAAAAUCUGCUCCUGCGCCAAAGAAGGGCUCCAAAAAGGCCGUGACCAAAACACAGAAGAAAGGAGGCAAAAAGCGUCGCAAGACCAGGAAGGAAAGCUAUGCCAUUUAUGUGUAUAAGGUGCUGAAGCAGGUGCACCCAGACACGGGGAUCUCCUCCAAGGCCAUGGGCAUCAUGAACUCUUUCGUCAACGACAUCUUCGAGCGCAUCGCCGGCGAAGCGUCGCGCCUGGCGCACUACAACAAGAGGUCCACCAUCACCUCCAGGGAGAUCCAGACCGCGGUCCGCCUGCUGCUGCCCGGGGAGCUGGCCAAACAUGCCGUGUCUGAAGGCACCAAGGCCGUGACCAAGUACACCAGCUCCAAAUAGAGACUUAGCCGAGUCUAGACACAGGGGGACAACGGUCACUAAAUCACCGCCAAGACUUUCUUUAAACCCUCAUCCCCGGGUCCUCAUAUGUCGGAUGUAGGCUGCUUUGAUUUUUGCACCAUUGCCGGUUUUUAAAGAGAACGAAAUGUCUUGGAACUGUAGCCUGCCAUUUUGUUUAAACUCUGUUCUUUCUGAUGUGUAAUGUUUUUAACAAAUGUUAAUAAAUGUUAGUCUGUGCUACUAAACUGGAA